CCGUCCGGAAACUCUCCGUCCUCACAUUCCCUUGCCGCCGCUGCCACCAUGAACGCGGGCAUCCAAACCGAUGAAGCCCGGCGCUCAACGCCCAGUUCACCCCUCACCCACAGCAUUCGCAAUCGUGGCAUCGAGCGACGAAGAAGCGGAGUGCGUAUGAACCUGAAUCUGAACGAUCCUGCUAUUCCAGGUCCGGGAGAGAUGGCCGUCACCCCAGGAAGCGUCUCGCGACAUGGCAGCAUCGGAGGGGGAUAUACCGGGUUCGAUCACCAUCGGGCGCCUAGCCUGGGCGAGCUACAUCAAGAGCUAGAGAACGAGCAGGAAGCGCAAGUGAACCGACUCCUCGCCCACAUCCGCCAACAGCAAGCCCAAAUCGCCACGCUUCAAUCCUCCACUACCUCCACUGGCGCCGCCAUCGAUGACAGCACCCCGACCUCCGAACGCAGCAUGUCCCUCCCGCAACCCGCCCUGUCCACGCAGCCCACCCCCGCGAUCGACACCCCACACGGACGAGGACGCGGCAGCCUCCACCGCUCCACCUCCCGUCCGCGCUCUCCAUUCAAUCAUCCCGCUUCCGGCGCACGCAGCCGCACCAGUUCCUACGGCGGAUACAAUCGAACGCCCUCCAUCAGCAGCAGCCCGCGUUUACGUCCCACGAGCGUCGUAGAUGAGGGCUUAGGGAUCAUCGGGGGGCUGGAGAGGGACCGAGAGCGGGACGAGGCGGCGUUUUACCAGGCGGAGACGCAGAAUUUGACGCGGGAGAACCAGAUGCUGAAGUUGCGGAUUCGAGAACUUGAGCGGCAAUUGAAUGACUCGAGCUUGACGGGCUCCGUUGCGCAUUCGCCAUCGAUACCGUCGCAGUUACAUUCGAGUUUGGAGGAGGCGGAGGAG